UUUGUUCCUCAUGUCAGCCACCAUAAACAUAAAACUCUUCUCCAGCUACUUUAAUAAUGCACCUGUACUGCAGGUACCGGGCAGGCUCUUCCCUAUACAGGUGAUCUACCAGCCCAUCCCACAAGAGGAGCAGCCGUCCCGCUCGGAGAAGCUGGACCCCCGCCCAUACCUCCGUGUGCUGCAGGGCAUCGACCAACGCUACCCGCCCGAGGAGAGGGGCGACCUGCUUCUGUUCCUCAGCGGCGUGGCAGAGAUAUCUACCAUCUUAGAGGCAUGCCAGGCCUACGCCACACACACCAAGCGCUGGAUCGUUCUGCCCCUCCACAGCACCCUGUCCCUGGUACAGCAGGAUAAGGUGUUUGACAUCUCUCCUCCGGGAGUGAGGAAAUGUAUCAUCUCUACCAACGUAGCGGAGACAUCCGUCACCAUCGACGGGGUGCGCUUCGUCGUCGACUCGGGCAAGGUGAAGGAGAUGAGUUUUGACCCGAAGGCUAAGAUGCAGCGUCUGCAAGAGUUCUGGAUCAGUCGAGCCAGUUCUGAGCAGAGGAAAGGCCGGGCCGGGAGGACAGGACCUGGGGUGUGUUAUCGGCUCUAUUCUGAGUCCGACUACGAGGCCUUCGCACCUUACCCUGUCCCAGAGAUACACAGGGUGGCCCUCGACUCAUUAGUACUACAGAUGAAGAGUAUGAGUCUGGGAGACCCACGAUCCUUUUUGUUCAUCGACCCUCCUCCCGCGGCCAGUAUCCAGACUGCAGUAACCUACCUCAGGGAACAGGGGGCGCUAGACGCUAGAGGAGAUCUCACCUCUAUCGGAAGCCUGCUGGCACAACUUCCUGUUGACGUGGUCAUAGGUAAGAUGCUGGUGCUGGGGUCAGUGUUUAACUUGGUGGAGCCGGUCCUGACGGUGGCUGCUGCCCUCAGUGUUCAGUCCCCAUUUCUCCGCUCGGCCCAACACAACCCCGACUGUGCCACAGCACGCCAGCCCUUGCACUCCAACCAGGGAGACCCCUUCACCCUGCUCAACACCUUCAACGCCUGGGUGCAGGUGAAGGGGGAGAGAGGAGGUGCCAGCAGGAAGUGGUGCAGGAGGAGAGGGCUGGAGGAACAGAGGCUUUAUGAGAUGGUCAACCUACGAAGACAGUUCAAGGAGCUGUUGCGUAGUCAUGGUCUGUUGGAGGUGCUGGAGGAGAGGGCUCCCUCUGGUGGAGAGCGAGGACAGCGCAGGGAGAGGUUGACCGAGAGGAGGAAGCUACAUCAGCUGAAGAGAGAACAUGACCUGGCAGAGGGCGGUCGGAGGAAGGUCCUGAGACUGGAGGAGGGACAGGAUGGGGAGGGGGAUUCGGGGUCGGACACAGAGCAGGGCGCCACGGGACGGGACGGGAAGGACAAGGAGCAGACCGGUGGACACAACCUGGACAUACAGGAAGUGAAGUUCAAGCUUCGCCACAACGUGUCAGAGCUCCAGGAAGCGGCGUCGGCCAGCCAGGACCUGUCGUCAAGGCAACAAGCCCUCCUGAAGCUGCUGCUUUGUCGAGGCCUUUACCCCCAGCUGGCGUUGCCAGACGAACACAAUGCCAACCGCAAGGACUCAGAACAGGUGUUCCACACCCGUAACAAGCAGGGGGUAGUGAUCCACCCCACCAGUGUGUUUGCCAGCGACCCAGAGGUGCUGCACGUCCCUGAGGAGGGGAACAGAGAGGGACCAGACAAAGGGGAGAGCAGCAAACACCAGCUCCUAGCCUUCGUUACUCUACUUGAGACCAACAAGCCUUAUGUAUCCAACUGUGUCAGAGUCCCAGCCUUACAGGCCCUGUUGCUGGUAGCUAACUCCUUGGACAGUAAUGCUGACUGUACCAGGCUGGUGGUGGAUGGCUGGUUGGAGGUAGGACUGACAGGAGAGGGGGCUCUGAAGGUUCUGUCCACCUCCCUCACUCUCAGGGCCGACUGGGAGCGCCUCCUGCUAGCCCAGCUGGGACAGGGCACUCUGGGAGCCGGAGCGGGGAGCAGGGCCAAGGCUGGGAGGGGAGAGGGGCUGGGGGUACCUGGGCUCUCCCGUAAAGACCUGGAGAAACUCAGUGAAGGACUGGUCCGCUUCCUGCUAUACACUGAGGUGAGCUACAGUCUACGUCGUUUGACAGGCCUGCAGGUACAGAACCUCUACGUAGGUCCCCAGGCCCAGUCCGAGUUCUCUGAGCCCCAUGCCCCAAACCCCCUUUUCCCUGGGGUGGAGGUGCAACCUGACACCAUCAAGGGAGGCCUCCAAGUCACCAAAUACUUCACCUACAACUGCCUCACUGACUCUAAGGACCUCUACAGUGAGUGUCUGUAUUAUAAUGUGUCUGUUCCCCAGGACUCUAAGGACCUCUACAGUGAGUGUCUGUAUUAUAAUGUGUCUGUUCCCCAGGACUCUAAGGACCUCUACAGUGAGUGUCUGUAUUAUAAUGUGUCUGUUCCCCAGGACUCUAAGGACCUCUACAGUGAGUGUCUGUAUUAUAAUGUGUCUGUUCCCCAGGACUCUAAGGACCUCUACAGUGAGUGUCUGUAUUAUAAUGUGUCUGUUCCCCAGGACUCUAAGGACCUCUACAGUGAGUGUCUGUAUUAUAAUGUGUCUGUUCCCCAGGACUCUAAGGACCUCUACAGUGAGUGUCUGUAUUAUAAUGUGUCUGUUCCCCAGGACUCUAAGGACCUCUACAGUGAGUGUCUGUAUUAUAAUGUGUCUGUUCCCCAGGACUCUAAGGACCUCUACAGUGAGUGUCUGUAUUAUAAUGUGUCUGUUCCCCAGGACUCUAAGGACCUCUACAGUGAGUGUCUACGUACGUUCUGGUCCUGUCCCCACUGUGACCUGUACAGUCCUGUCACACCGCUGGAGAGGAUGAGCCACGAGGCCACCUGCAGGCCGCCUGGGGAACAGCAGGACAACCAGGACAAACAGGGUGAUGAUGUGAAGGCAGCCUCCUCUUCCUUCUCUGUUUCCAGUCUGGCCAGAGUCUACCACUGUGAUGUCUGUGACAAGGACCUGACGCUCACUUCUACAGAGAUCCUCAAACACAAGAGACAGCACAUGCACUCUGGACGUUGAAACAGAGAUCCUUAAACACCAAGAGACAGCACGUGCACUCUGGACGUUGAAACAGAGAUCCUUAAACACCAAGAGACAGCACGUGCACUCUGGACGUUGAAACAGAGAUCCUUAAACACCAAGAGACAGCACGUGCACUCUGGACGUUGAAACAGAGAUCCUUAAACACCAAGAGACAGCACGUGCACUCUGGACGUUGAAACAGAGAUCCUUAAACACCAAGAAGACAGCACAUGCACGUUAAGAGACACUAAAGUUUCCUGCCUAGAUCACCUGAUCAGGACAAAGUAAUGGCCUUCAAUUAACUGCUAUGGAGAAAUCAACAACCUGAAGGGUUUCAGUGAAUGCUGUUUUAUAAUAAAAUCAAGAGUCACGCCUC